AUGGUCCUCCCGAGGGCCCUCUCCAAAUCUCUACUCAAACACAGCUCAUUAGUACUUUCAAAACCGUAUUCAACUCACUCUCUCAAACUCUCGUCCUCUAUACUCGACAUCCACCCAGAAGUCCAACACGCCCUCUCCUCCCGCCAGCCAGUCGUAGCACUCGAAACAGCACUAGUCACAAACGGUAUCUCCCCUCCAACCAACCUCGAAAUCGCACGGAAGCUAGAAGGGAUUAUCCGGAAACAGGGUGCGGUACCUGCGACUAUUGGGAUUGUUGAGGGGAGAGUGAAAGUUGGGUUAAGGGAUGAGGAGUUGGUGAGGCUUGCGGAUACGGAAGGGAAUAGGAAACUUGUUAAGGUAUCUCGAAGGGAUAUUGGACCGAUUAUUAGUGAACGACUGGAUGGCGGGACUACGAUUUGUGCAACGCUUAUUUUCGCUCAUUUGGCUGGGAUUAGAGUCUUCGCGACCGGAGGGUUAGGUGGUGUGCACCGCGGAGCUCAAGAUAGUAUGGACAUUUCUGCGGAUUUACAUGAACUCACGAGGUGUCCGGUUGGCGUGGUAUCGUGCGGUGUGAAAUCUAUCUUGGAUAUUGGAAGAACCUUGGAAUACCUCGAAACACUAGGCGUACCGGUAGUGACUUAUGGCGAUACGUACAAUUUUCCAGCAUUCUUUUGCGGCAAGAGUGAUUUCGAGACGAAUUGGAAAGUCAACAAUGCUCGAGCAGCAGCAGAGAUUCUCGAUGCACAAGCACGUCUAGGACUACAAAACGGUACACUCUUCGCGGUUCCAAUGCCGGAAGAAUACGCAGCUCAAGGCGAGGAAGUGAAAAAGGCUGUUGACCAGGCUAUACGUGAAUCCGAGGAAAAUGGGAUGAGUAAGAAGGGGAAGGAGGUUACGCCUUGGUUGUUGGCGAGGGUUGUUGAGUUGACGGGAGGGAAGUCGUUGCAGAAUAACUUGGCACUUAUUGAAAAUACUGCUGUCAUUGGCGGACAGGUCGCUGUGGAACUCGCUAAGUUGCAGGAACAGCAGCGGGAAACGUCAAGUCGAUCAACUAGUGCAUCAUAUUCAAGUACGACUUCCAACUCUACAGGGACGGUCCAGAAUAAGCCUCCCAAACAAGAUGCAACUUCUCAAUCUUCGGGAAAGGCUCCUGCAAAACUCGUCGUAAUAGGUGCCGCAGCCGUCGACAUCACAGGCCGAGUCUCGCGUGGUCUUAAGCGCGUAAUCUCUCACACGACAGCACCAGGGACAGUAGAGUUGACCGUUGGAGGUGUCGCUCGUAACAUCGCCGAAGCAGCACAUCGUGUACUCUCUUCUGGCUCAAACUCAGAAGACCGAGAUGCCACAUUACUCGUUUCUCCUAUCGGGGAAGACGCGUUUGCACCUUUCCUCUUGGAUGAACAUCAGCUCUUGGGUAUGAGGAGCGAUGGGUUUAUUCCGACUUCGGAGAGUAGGACUGCGGUUUGUGAUAUGGUGCUUGAUGCUUCUGGUGCACUUGUGGGUGGUGUCGCGGACAUGGACAUCGUACCAAUGGUGCCUGAACAAACGGUUAUCGACCGGCUUGGUGAAGAGAAUCCAUCGCUAGUUGUUGUGGACGGUAACCUAUCACCGACCACUAUGUCGUCGAUUCUAAAGCACUGCUGGAGUCGCUCGGAUCCGAUUCCAAGUAACGAACCGACAUCUAUCUCUAAAUCCACCUCGAUCCUCCCCGGCAUACUCGAUCACCUAAUGACAAGCAAGAAAGACGGGAUACACCACUCUCCAGUGACCUACGCUGCGCCUAACACACUCGAACUCGCACACAUGUACCGCGAAGCCAACUCUGAAACACGGGGAAUGAUCAACCACCGUGUCUGGUGGGAGGUCCUCAACAACUUCAAUCUCGGCUCAGAGUGGCGAAUGGACCUUGAACAACUGGCUCGACGACCCGCGUGCCCGAUCAAAGACAAGGGCGACUUGUCCUUCCUCCUUAAGGACGGGAUUGCACAAAUGGCUGUUAACUUACUACCGUUCUUCCAGAACUUAGUGAUUAAGUGUGGUGAACGAGGCGUAGUAGUCGUGAUGCGGAUUUGCGGAGAGGACGUUGAUUCCUCUGCGUGGAUGAUGGAGAGGAGUAAUCCACUAAGGGGAUACAUCGUCGCGAAGGGUCUUGAAGGGAGGGAAAUAGUCAUCCUUAAGCAUUUCCCGGCUAUUCCGAUGGAAAAUGACGAGAUCGUGAGCGUCACUGGCGCAGGCGACUCACUCGUAGGCGCGCUCAGUGCCUCGUUGAUCAAAGAUCCAACGACGUUCCUCGACCCCGCCAAGCUAAACGCGGCUAUGCAGCUUGCACAAAAAGCAGCUGUCCUUUCGUUGCACAGCAUUAGGGCCGUUUCGCCUUUACUUGGAGAACAGGCAGAAGCGGCAGCGUCAGGGAGGACGUAA